UUUAUGUUGUAAUUUCGAACCGGAAAUCGUGUAGCAAAGCGUACACAUAGCAACGCAGAUAACGUUUCUGAGUCUAAUAAAAACGCAGAUAUUAAGGCAGUGUUGGUGUUAAAUAUCAGGCGUGCACUAGGCGAGUUUUGAGUGUAAUAUUUAGCAGAAAACAGAAGCUUUGUGCGCCGUUAUGCCUCGACGAAAGGAUGCGUAUAUGCGGUGUGGGGAUGUGAGGAGAAGAAAUAAGAGGACGGCCUGCAGCAGCUCUGACGGCACGGAGGAUUCGGAUUUCUCCGCCGAACACACAGACAGCUCGGAGAGCGACGGUCACGCGGUGAAGACCACUCGCCUCACACGCUCCUCGCUCCGACUCAGCCAGAGCUCUCAAGCCGAGGUGGUGGAUUUUUCAGCGCGCCGUGUGACCCGUAGCCAGCGGCAGGAGGAGCCGGCCACGCCCAAAAAAUACCCUCUGCGCCAGAAUCACCCGGAGAGCGAACAGCACAGCGAGGUUUCAGACCGGGCGUCGGAUGUGAAGCAGGACGAAUCUCCUCCCCGCACUCCCACAGGCCUGCCGCGCUCCUCCGAGUCUGACGUCUCCAGCCCCAACGCCUCCCAGGACGAGAGGCUGGCUAAAGAGCUGUCAAUCAAAGAGUCAGGCCACGCCCAUCGGCCCAAACGCCGCCGCUUCCACGAGAGCUACAAUUUCAACAUGAAGUGUCCGACGCCGGGCUGUAAUUCGCUCGGCCAUUUGACUGGAAAGCACGAGAGACACUUCUCCAUCUCCGGCUGUCCGCUUUAUCACAACCUAUCAGCCGACGAGUGCAAGGUGAAGGCGAGCUCUCGGGAUAAACCUGCGGAGGAGAGGACGCUGUCUCAUAGCCAGGACGAGAACCGACACUCCACACGCCAUCAGAUGCGGUACAAAGAGAAAGUGACGGAGAUGAGGAGGAAAAGAAACUCCGCUGCAGUCAAGGAACAGAAAGACAAAGACACAGAGGACACACAGAGCCCCAGCUGUAACCAUGAGCCGCUGUUGGAGAACAUUACGAGUGAUUAUGACCUGGAGCUGUUUAGAAAAGCGCAGGCACGUGCCUCGGAGGAUCUUGAGAAACUGCGUCUCCAGGAUCAGGUGACGGAGGGCAGCAACAUGAUCAAAGCCAUCGUGUUCGGCUGUUACGAGCUGGACACGUGGUACCACUCGCCGUACCCGGAGGAGUACGCUCGCCUCGGCCGCCUCUACAUGUGCGAGUUCUGCCUCAAGUACAUGAAGAGCCAAACCAUCCUCAGACGUCACAUGGCGAAGUGUGUGUGGAAGCAUCCACCCGGAGACGAGAUCUACAGGAAAGGCGCCAUCUCGGUUUUUGAAGUGGACGGCAAGAAAAACAAGAUUUACUGCCAGAACCUGUGUCUCCUCGCCAAGCUGUUCCUGGACCAUAAAACCCUGUAUUACGACGUGGAGCCCUUUCUCUUCUACGUGAUGACCGAGGCAGACAACACAGGGUGCCACCUCGUCGGGUAUUUCUCCAAGGAGAAGAACUCGUUCCUGAACUACAACGUGUCCUGCAUCCUGACCAUGCCGCAGUACAUGAGGCAGGGCUACGGCAAAAUGCUCAUCGACUUCAGUUACUUGCUGUCAAAGGUGGAGGAGAAAGUGGGCUCUCCUGAGCGACCUCUGUCUGACCUGGGUCUCAUUAGCUACAGGAGCUACUGGAAAGAAGUGCUGCUGCGCUACUUGCAUAACUUCCAGGGCAAAGAGGUCUCCAUUAAAGAGAUCAGCCAGGAAACGGCCGUGAAUCCCGUCGACAUCGUCAGCACGCUGCAGUCGCUUCAGAUGCUCAAGUACUGGAAAGGAAAGCACCUGGUCUUAAAGAGACAGGACCUGAUCGACGAGUGGAGGUCCAAAGAGACGAAGCGCGGCAGCGGCAAGACGAUCGACCCCGCAGCACUGAAGUGGAGUCCGCCUAAAGGGACCUAACGGGCCUCGGCACCUCUCCGACGCUCCUUUACUCACUCGCACUGUAGUCACUGUUAAGAGUCUGCAUAAGGAAGUAGUGCACGCUUAGUUUCAGACGUGUUGCGUUUAAAAAAAAAAAAAAAAAAAAUCAAAUAAAAGCAGUAGAUCAGUGUUUUCCAGAUCCUGGCUUCCUGGUGAAACGCACAGAUUGUAGCGUUUCCUGAGAAACUCUAACGCAGCAUUCAUGAGUGUGUUCCAGCAGGAAGUCGCACUACACCGUGCUGCUUACAGGAACAGGUCUGAGAAACACUGAUCACUGGAUUCUCGCACUCUAUAGUUCCUGUUACAGUUACCUGCGUACCAAACUAAUGUUAACGUCGCUGCUGAAGUCAGCAUGCUUUCUAAGCUCACCGUGUUUUCCCCAAAUCCUGCUCCUUUAGUCACACGCGCGUGUGAAAACCGAAAUGUAAACGGUUUUACCGUUUGCCGUGAAACAAUAUUCACUGAACCACAUAACGCGGGAUGAUUUUAGACAUGCAGCGUGCAUGAUUGUAAAGCGGUGGCUAUAUACUCCCGUCGAUCUUAGCUACGUUAACCGCGGUGCUCCGGUGCAAAGCGUUUAUUAAAAGAAACAAAGUAUGUUUGGCAUAAAGGGGAAAAAAAGUGUCCAUUUCAUUUUUAACAAACCGUCGUAUUAGAAUCGGAGGCACUGCGCUGUACGUAGUACGUCCUGUUCGUGAUGUCAUUAACAAGGUCCCUCCCAAUACAUUGUCAGUACUGAAACCCCUUUCAGUAUAUUACGUCAGUACUGAAACCCCUUUUAAUAAAAUACGUCAGUACUGAAACCCCUUUUAAUAAAAUGUCAGUACUGAAACUUCUUUCAGUAUGUUACGUCAGUACUGAAACCGCUUUCAAUGCAUUCUCAUUACUGAAACUCCUGUUAAUGAAACUUCUUUCAGUAUGUUACGUCAGUACUGAAACCCCUUUUAAUAAAAUACGUCAGUACUGAAACCCCUUUUAAUAAAACAUGUCAGUACUGAAACCCCUUUUAAUAAAAUACGUCAGUACUGAAACCCCUUUUAAAAAAAUACGUCAGUACUGAAACCCCUUUUAAUAAAAUACGUCAGUACUGAAACUUCGUUCAGUAUGUUACGUCAGUACUGAAACCCCUUUUAAUAAAAUAUGUCAGUACUGAAACUUCGUUCAGUAUGUUACGUCAGUACUGAAACCCCUUUUAAUAAAAUAUGUCAGUACUGAAACUUCGUUCAGUAUGUUACGUCAGUACUGAAACCCCUUUUAAUAAAACACGUCAGUACUGAAACCCCUUUUAAUAAAACACGUCAGUACUGAAACCCCUUUUAAUAAAAUACGUCAGUACUGAAACCCCUUUUAAUAAAAUACGUCAGUACUGAAACUUCGUUCAGUAUGUUACGUCAGUACUGAAACCCCUUUUAAUAAAAUACGUCAGUACUGAAACCCCUUUUAAUAAAACACGUCAGUACUGAAACCCCUUUUAAUAAAAUAGGUCAGUACUGAAACUUCGUUCAGUAUGUUACGUCAGUACUGAAACCCCUUUUAAUAAAAUACGUCAGUACUGAAACCCCUUUUAAUAAAAUACGUCAGUACUGAAACCCCUUUUAAUAAAAUAUGUCAGUACUGAAACCUCUUUUAAAACAUCAUUACCGAAACCCUUUUCAGUAUAUUAUUUCAUUACUAAAACCCCUUCGAUUCAUUCUUAACUAAACCCCUCCCAAUACAUGAAGUCAUUACUAAAACCCCUUUCGAUACAUCAGUACCAAAACCGCUCAUGCACUGUAUGGUUUAGAAACACAGGAGCAGGAUUGGGAUACACCGAUCUAGACGUACAGACUGAAUUCUCGCUCUAUAGGCGCUGAUAGUAACGUUUCUAGCGUAGGAACCUCUUCCUGUUACUGCUGUUGUUGAUGUUCACCGUGUUCUUCUCAGUCCUGCUUGUACCGUGAGUCUUCGUGCACUAACGCACCCUGUAUGAGGACAAACUGGGCAACGAUGCACAAAACUGUGCAGUACUGUACAACUUUUGAGACCUUCCAAGCAUGCUAAAUGCUGAUGUGUGCUAAAGCUAAUGUGUGUUCCCCCCCCCGCGAACACACCCGAUUCACCUCGUCAGCUGAUUUUAACCACCUUUCAUAAGAGGGUUAGUGCAGGAAAACUCUGAAGUGUGCAGUACAGCAGGAAUGUCCACGCAUAGCUAAUGCUUGAACAGUAUCAGUGCUACCUUUAUUCUAACUUUAUGACUGAAAUAGCAGCUAAACACCGUAAAUGUGAAACAUGGUAGAAAACGUGGGACUACAGCCACCACUCACUGUUCAGUUCUGUUACUUAAAGGACAUGUUGAGCCAAAAAUAAAAUCUCCACAGUGUUCCUCUUACCUCAAUCGCAUUCAAAGUGAUCAGUGACCUUUAUUUUGGCCACAAAACAUAUUUUGGCUGUUUGCGUACAUCUGGGGUAAGCGGGAUAAGGUGUACAUUUUAUUUCUGCUCCAGCUGUACCUUUUAAUUUAACUAUGAUUCGCUAUAUUAGAGUGUGUGUGUGUGAGAGAGAGUGUUCUCUGAACUCCUGUUUGGUACCUUGGUUUUGUUUUGGGUCGCUAAAAGGUACCGAGUCAUUGUUACCGACAUUUAAAUCAACUUAAGUCGCACAACAUCUGGACCUUUUUGAUAAAUUAUAGCUAUUUAUAUUGUAACGCGCUCUCCGUAUCAGGCCGAUACCAUGAAAAUACCACGAAAAUAAUUCUAUUUAAUAAAUUCAUAAUUAAUUUAUUUACCUAAAUAUUAUCAUUCUAACCUGAAAGGACAAAAAAAAAAAAAAAAAAGCACCUGUUUUGUAAGCUAAUGAGUUCAGUGGCAGCUUUAGACACUAACUCUGAUCUCCUAAGCCGUUUAUGUCCUGGCUCAAGUGUGUGUGUGUGUGUGUGAGAGAGAGAGAGAAGAGAUGUAGAAUAAAAUCCCUUACUUCCUCUCAACCUUCAUGAUGCACUAGAAGCACUCCUGCAUGGUCUUGAUGCCAGCGUGCAGUAUUUGCUCCCACUUCCUUCCAAAUAAACUGAACAGAUCAAAAGCGUGUGCCGUUCAUCACUUCAGUCGUUCAGAGCAAGUCCCUAUGAACCAGCUGUUACCAUAGAAACGCUAACCUAUUAGAAUCUAAACCUGCGGUUUGCAGCCGCGUUGCCGUCGGAGCUGGCGUUAUAGAAGAUUGAUCGAACCCUCCCGACGUGGUGGUGUGAUUCCGGAUGAGCAACACCGCAUGUUUGAGGUUUGUCUUUCAGCUCGGAUCCGUCCAAUCAGAGCUUAUUCGUGUUUGGGAUUCGAAAACUGGGUGGUACGUCACAAACUGUGCACCUACAAAGGUAGGAGUACUUACUAACUGGGAAACUGGGUAGCAAAGUGCCAAUAUUAACCUGUUUAUUUUAAAAAAAAAUAAUAAUUUAGCAUUUCUGUUAUCCCAGUAACUUUCCUAGAAGAAAGAGAGGGACGAAUAUUUUUGGGGUUCUAAUUAGCUUAAACAACAACAACAACAAAAAAUGUUUUAUUACCCAGGAUGCCUUAAAUGACAUUAGAUUUAAUCACAAGUCUUCAGCAAAGUUUUUUUUAAAAAAUUCCUUUUUGUUUUUUUUUAAUCAAUCGUGUAUGUUAAGAAGAUAUAAAUGGGAUACAGUGGGAUGUUUUGGGGAUAUAUAUCGGAGGAAAAAAUGUUAACGUCAGGAUAUUUUAGUGAGUUUAAAAUAAAACAAGUAGCAUCAGUAGGCAUUAUUGUAACAUACAGUGCCCUCCAUUAAUGUGAGCAAAGAAGGCUGUGAAAAUUUUGUCUUUAUUGUUUAACCGUUUGAUAUUUUGUUCUCAUGGAAAUCAAACAAGUGCAAACACAACACAGGUUUGUACAAAAAAAAUAUUUAUCUUUGUUAAAUAUAGGUGUUCAACAAUUAUUGGCACCCUUAUAGUCAGUACUUUGUGCUACCUCGCUUUUCCAAGAUAACAGCUCUGAGUCUUCUCCUAUAACGCCUGAUGAGGUUGGAGAAUACAUGGCGAGGGAUCUGAGACUGUUCCUCCAUACAGAACCUCUCCGGAUCCUUCACAUUUGGAGGUCCACGCUGGUGGAC